AUGGGUCCCUCUGCUGGUGAUGCGGCCAAGGGGCCGCAGGGCAUUGAUCUCUACUCUCGCUUUGCUCUUGCUGGCGCCAUGGGCUGCUCUGUCACUCACGGCGCAUUUACUCCCGUCGAUGUCUCCAGCUCCAGCUCCAGCUCCAGCUCCACUAGCACCCACGACUACUCACUGACACCAUCCAGCGUCAAAACCAGGAUUCAGCUCGAACCGGCUACCUAUAACCGUGGCAUGAUUGGCGGUUUCCGGCAGGUCAUCCAGAACGAGGGAGCCGGUGCCCUUUUGACCGGCUUUGGCCCAACUUUCGCCGGAUACUUCAUACAGGGAGCCUUCAAAUUUGGUGGCUACGAGUUUUUCAAGAAGCAAUCGAUCGAUUUGCUCGGCCUCGAGACGGCCCGCCGGAACCGUACUGCCGUCUACUCUGUCUCCGCCGCCUCCGCCGAGUUCUUCGCUUCGAUUGCUCUUAGUCCUCUCGAGGCUACCCGUAUCCGUCUUGUCUCGACACCGGGCUUCGCCAACGGUCUGGUCGGUGGCUUCAGCAAGAUUCUUCGGCAGGAAGGCAUCGGCGCUUUCUACUCUGGAUUUGUCCCCAUCCUGUUCAAGCAGGUCCCCUACACUGUCACCAAGUUCGUCGCUUUCGAGAAGGUCUCCGAAGCCAUCUUCUCCCAGCUUGACAAGUCUAGUUUAUCGAGUGGUGCCCAGACAGCCGUGAACUUGACUUCUGGCCUCGUUGCUGGAUUCGCUGCUGCAAUCGUUUCUCAACCGGCUGAUACCAUGCUUUCUAAAAUCAAUAAAACGAAGGGUCUGCCGGGCGAAAGUACUGUCUCGCGCCUUGUCAAAAUAGCUGCGGAGCUUGGUAUCCGCGGUUCUUUCGCUGGUCUUCCCACUCGUCUGUUCAUGGUCGGUGGUCUCACUGCUGGCCAGUUCGCUAUUUACGGAGAUAUCAAGAAGGCCCUCGGCGCUACCAAUGGCGUGGAGAUCUCCAAGUAA